GUCGGUCGACGUUCAUUUCAUAUUCUAUCUAGUACAGUAUUUUUGGGACGCGCGGCUCUGUCACGUCUCCGCCCUGAUCUGCCCCCUGAGCGGCCAGCCUCUUCCCAGCGAUUUAAUCAGUAAAAUGUUUUCUCUCUUUCUUUUUUUUUAAAUUUAUUUAUUAAUUUUUUGUUGGAGCAGCGGAGGAGACUUCGACAGCAAGAAGUGAAUGGCAACUGGAGGGAUAACUAAACAACGCCGCCCAGCUGGCGGACAUUUAUUACGGCGGGCACGUAUUACGGUUUUUAAAUGUAGAGAUUCAAGGCAUAACCAAGUGCGCACUGAUAUUUCUUAAGAGUCGGGGGACUUCUUAUUGGCGGAGAUGGAAAGUGCGCCGGCUGCCGCUGAGGAUGGAGCGUUGGAUGGAAGCGCGACCAAGUUAAAGAAGAAGCCCAGUGGACUGUCUGUCGCCCGGGGGACUCCAGCGGAUGAUGGCGGUGGACGGUUGGCACCCUCCCGUGUAGAGACGAAGAACGAGAACUGCCUCUCUCAUUCCGCCUCCAUGCCUGGAUCCGGUGCGUCAAACCGAACCGUGGCGUCUAAUGGCCGUGGCUCGUCCGGAAACUCCAGCAGCUCUCUGUUGAGACGGCGGCGCUUGAGGAGGAACCUCUCCGCCACAGCUGCAGCCACCGCCACCUCAGCUGUCACUGCCGCGUGCGGCGCAAAGAUGAGCUCGGCCCUGUCCGUUGCGUCUCUGCAUACGCGGAGUCUGGACAGGAAGACUCUGCUGAAGCGCCGACAGAACAUGCAGCUGCAGCCGUCGGAUCGCCAGUGGGUGAGAACCGACCUCCACCGGGGCUGCGUACAUGUCCAUGACAGACUCAUGCCCUCGUAUCCCAGGCCGGUUCUCUGCACUACGGACACCACAGCCGGCGAGGUGGCGCUCAGGCUGAGUAAACUCAGCAGCAAGUCCUGCUCUGUCAUGCGCAUUUUCUGUAAAGAGGGCUCAAAGACUGACCAAAAUGGCAACUGCAGCGUGAAGUAUGAAUACAAUGAUAAUCCAUGCCAAGUGAAAGAAGUCUCGAGUUUAAACCACCUGACUUCACUGGAAUCCAGAGAGCUAAGAGGCCAUCCCACUGACAGGUUGAGGCUGCUGCUCAUGGAGGAUGCGGAUGACAGGCAAAAGCAACAGGACCCUAAUGGAAAACUUUUCUCCCCGGAGUCAGAAUCACAAGACAACAUAACCUCUUCUCUGUCAGACCUGAACUCCAUCAUGGAUACCCCUAUUGAUGAUGAUGAUGAUGAUGAUGAUGAUGAUGAUGAUGACUCUGAGCACAGGAACGGCGCGGACAGCUAUGGCUUGAACUCUGCCUCAGAUGUAGAAAGCAGUGCAUUUGAUGAGCUGAGCUCUGGGGCCCUGCUCAGUGGGCACAGAGACUCCCUGAGCGAUGACAUGAUUCUUGGAACAGAAGCAUCCAUCCUCAGUCCCUCUUUUGAUGAUGCCACGGAGAGCCAUGACAUUUAUGGAAGCUCCUCAGAUGAACUGGAGCUCGACUGUCCUGUGUCUAAUGCAGCCAUGGAGGCCGUCCCCCAACACCACACCAAUGGCAUUUCUGCUGUCACUGCCAGCUACAAGCAGUGCGACAUGGGACUUUUAAAUGACGUGACAAGAAACUUGGAGCCAGGUAGCAGGCUGAACACACACAGCCCAGGCAGUUUGCCAUCCAGCAGUAGCGCCGGCUCAUUGUCAAGAGCCUGUUUUAGUGAUAUCACACAUGACAUUCUAAAUCCAGACCGAGGUGAUGUGAAGCCGGGGCUGACAGAAAACCAAAAUGGAGAUUCUUGUGAUUCCAGCCUGAUGCUGUAUGUUCAGCUGCAUGGUGAAGUUGUGAGGCGGCUUAACCCAGAUGAGAGGCCUCUGCAGAUCCAGAAUGACUUUCUCUUUAAGCUUGGAUUUAAGGACCCUUGGAGAGUCCAAGAAGAAGGGCUCGACACGGAAAUUGGCUCCCUGUUACGAUUCUAUGCAGGUAAACCCCAAACUAUCGAGAGCUCAGAAAGGGUGCAGCUGUCUGGGACUUACAAUGUUCGGAAAGGGAAGCUCCAGCUGCCAGUUAACCGCUGGACCAGACGGCAGGUCAUCCUCUGCGGCACCUGCCUCAUCGUCUCCUCUGUCAAGGAGAGCCAGAUCGGGAAGAUGCACAUCUUGCCUCUGAUUGGAGGAAAAGUGGAGGAGGUGAAGAAGCACAAUCACUGUUUGGCCUUCAGCUCAGCGGGGCCCCAAAGUCAAACCUACUACGUCAGCUUUGACAGCUUCACCGAGCACCUGCGCUGGCACAGACAUGCUGCCAAGAUGGUGUCCCAGAGGAUCCACUCAGUGGAUCUGUCCUGUUGCAGUCUGGAGCAUCUUCCACCCAACCUCUUCUACAGCCACGACCUCACUCACCUCAACCUUAAACACAACUUCCUGCCUGCAGACCAGGGCCUCCAGCAGCUACAAAGGUUUUCUCGUCUUCGCAGCCUCAACCUGUCCAACAACCAUCUUGGCCAGUUCCCACUGGCUAUCUGCGACAUCUCCACCCUGUCGGAGGUCAACCUUAGCUGUAACUACCUGGCUUCUGUCCCCUGUUCUGUGGGCGCCAUGACCAAUUUGCAGACGUUCCUGUUGGACGGAAACAGUUUAAGCGACCUGCCUUCUGAGCUGGGUUCCCUGCAGCGACUGAGUUACUUGGGCCUUUCUUUCAACCAGUUCAACCACGUGCCCCAAGUGCUUGAGCAACUGGACUCCAUGGAGAAGCUGUGCAUGGCUGGAAACCGCCUGGAAACACUCACCCUGCAGAAUUUCAGGCUGCUUCGUGUGAAACACAUCGAUCUAAGGUUGAAUAAGAUCUCUGUCAUGGUGCCAGAUGAGCCUGACCUGCUGAGGCAUGUCACGCAGCUGGAUGUGAGAGACAACCAGCUGACGGAGCUAGACGCCUCCGUCUUUCCCAGGCUAGAGGUUCUACAUUGCGAGAGGAACCACAUCACCACUCUGAAAGUCAAAGGCAGCUUGCUUAAAGGCAUCUACGCCUCCUGCAAUGAGUUACGACAGCUGGAUAUCAGCCCUGUGCCCUCUAAUCUUAGUUACAUGGAUAUCUCGAGGAACUUUAUGGAGUUGCUGCCAGACUGGCUGUGUGAAGCUAAGAAACUGGAAGUGCUGGACGCGAGCCACAACCUCAUCACCGAGCUCCCGGCGAGGUUGUUCUGCAGCAACAGUCUGAGGAAGAUCAGUGCAGGACACAACCAGUUGCAGAAGCUGCCUGAGAGAGUGGAGCACCCUCUGCUGGAGGUUUUAGAUAUACAGCAUAAUCAACUGGUAGAACUUCCCUGCAACCUGUUCCUCAAAUCUGACAGCCUGCGAUGCGUAAAUGCGUCAGCCAACAAGCUGGAGCACCUGCCACCAUCCAGUUUAUCAGAGGAGAGCCACAGCAUCCUGCAGGAACUCUACCUGACAAACAACUGGCUCACAGAUAAGUGUGUGCCCAUGCUUACAGGACACACACACCUGCGAGUUUUGCACAUGGCAUACAAUCAUCUCCAGACAUUCCCAGCCAGUAAAAUGGCCAAGUUGGAGGAGCUGGAGGAGGUGGACCUGAGUGGAAACAUGCUGAAGACCAUUCCCACCACCAUUAUGAAUUGUCGAAAAAUGCACACGCUCAAUGCUCACUCCAACGCCAUUGAGGUUUUCCCUGAGGUCAUGCAGCUGAUGGAGAUGAAGUGUGUGGAUCUGAGCUGUAACGAGCUAAGUGAGAUCACUCUACCAGAGAAUCUGCCUCCAAAACUUCAAGAGCUGGACCUGACUGGAAAUCCUCGACUUAAUCUGGACCACAAAACCCUCGAGCAAUUAAAUAACAUUCGCUGCUUCCGUAUUGAUCCACCGCCAACUUUCUCAUCGAACGAGGCCUCUGGUGGGCCUGCUGUGUGGAGUCAUGGCUACACAGAGGCCUCGGGCGUGAAGAACAAACUCUGCGUUGCAGCCCUCUCAGUGAACAGCUUCUGUGGGAGUCGGGAGGCUCUGUACGGUGUGUUCGAUGGAGACAGGAAUGUGGAAGUGCCCUACCUUUUGCAGUGUACGAUGAACGAUGUGCUGGCUGAAGAGCUACACAAGACAAAAAGCGAAGAGGAAUACAUGACCAACACUUUUCUGGUGAUGCAAAGGAAACUUGGAACAGCAGGACAGAAACUCGGGGGCUCAGCCGCUCUGUGUCACAUUCGCCAUGACCCCACUGACCCCGGUGGCUGCUUCACACUCACAGCUGCUAACGUGGGAAAGUGCCAGGCCAUCUUGUGUCGGGAUGGAAAACCCUUGACUCUGUCACUGCUGCACAACAUCGGGCUUGAGGACGAAUACCAGAGGAUCAGACAACACAGGGCUAUAGUUACUGAGGACAACAAGGUGAAUGGAGUGUCCGAUUCAACACGGAUUAUGGGCUACUCAUUCCUUUUCCCCUCUGUCAUCCCUUCUCCCUACGUGCAGACAGUCACUCUCACCCCUCAGGAUGAGUUCUUCAUUCUGGGUAGCCGUGGCCUGUGGGAUGCUGUAUCUCCCACUGAAGCCGUGGAGGCAGUUCGGAGUGUCCCUGAUGGUCUGGCUGCUGCUAAAAAGCUUUGCACGUUGGCACAGGGAUACGGCUGCACCAACAGCCUGAGCGCUGUUGUGGUCCAGCUGAGCGUGAGUGAAGACUGCUGCUCCUGCUGCUGUUCUGAGCCUCCCCAGCCUCCCCCAAGCCCCGGUUUGGGUCAGUUUCCUCCAUCGUCCUCCGCCAUGAAGGAUCGACCUUCAGACGGCUCCCUUGUUGUCCCGCCGUUGUCCUGCAGCGAGAUCAGCAGUGAGAUCAGCACCAGCGAAAUGAGCAGCGAGGUGGGCUCGACUGCUUCGUCGGACGAGCCCCCACAGAGCUCCUUGGUGCUGCUGCAGGAGCAGACACACCACCACCACCUGCACCAACAGGCUAAUUUACUGUCCUUACAGCACCAGCAAGUCCAAACCACCACCCAACCCUGUCAGUAUCUGCUCCCAGGCUCAGAGCUGCCAUCUUCUCGCAGCUGCUGCACCCUCCAUCCUGCCUGCUUGGCAGGCUCCUUUCAGAGGCAGCUGUCCAGCGCCACUUUCUCCAGCGCCCUGUCUGACAAUGGGCUGGACAGUGAGGACGAGGAGCCCAUCGCUGGUGUUUUCUCCAAUGGGAGUCGUGUAGAAGUGGAGGCAGACAUCCACUGUCUCAGAGCAGAAUUAUCUUUAUCCUCAUCCCCCCAAACAUCUGGACCUACAUCCUCCAAUCAGGACUGCACCCUGGUCUCUCUUCCUCCUCCACCUCCGCCGCCAUGCACCCCAGAGUCCUUAGAGGAAGGGUGCAAAAUCAACCAGGUGGAGGCUGAGAAUGGGUCUGAGAGAGAUGAGUCAUGGCAAGGUGUUGGAGCAGGAGGCAGCGAUGGUGGGAAUUUGGCAGGCAAGAAGAGGGUAAAUGGUUCUGUGGCGCGUCAGGAAAAGAGUCAUAACCUUAUUGAGGUGGCAGCCGAUGCCCCCUCCAAGAAAUCUGGAGGUUACUUCACCGCGCCGGCCCAACCCGACCCAGACGACCAGUUCAUCAUACCUCCUGAGCUGGAAGAGGAGGUGAAGGAGAUCAUGAAGCAACAUCAGCAGAAACAGCAGAAGCCAAGUGGGACGGAUCAACCCACCGACUACUACGGCACGCCUCUCUGAACAUCUCCUGUAAACCAACCCAUCCUAGUUAUAAACACAAACAAGUGGGUUUCCUCAAGAGGCUGAAAAAUGCACAUGAACUAGUUUCACCCAGCUUCAUCUCAACAGGCUCCAAACAGCCUAGUCUUUGAAGAACCAUGCACUCCAAGUGAAACAAGCAAACAAGCCCUUUAAUGAAUCUCAACAUUAACAAAUCCACACAGAUCUUUACUGUCAGUGGUCAUGACCUUCACAAAGACUGGAACUUUAUUUUUACAGUAGACGACCAGCUGAGUAUUUAAUCAACACUAGUCUAUUUGCAAUAGCAUUAGCUUGCCACAAUUUCUAACAUGGGUAACGAAUUCAUGGUUUUGUUGUUUUGUAAAUCAUAUCUUUUAAAUGUGAAAGCAGCAAAGUUGCUAAAGGAGGCUUUUGGAAGAAGAGAACUAUCUUUUUAUUAUCAGUGAGCGAUGGUGAAGCCUACACCAUUAAUACCACACUUAACCAAUGUAGAUAGGGCACUUCAAAUACUGUGUUUCUUCAGUAAAUCAUGGCUCUUGCCCGUAAAAUGAUCUAGAAAUUUUUUGUAGAAAUUUUCAAUACUAACUCCUAGGAGUUGCAUACUUUUUAUGGUGACUCAGUCACUUAUACUAAUCUUCUCUGAGAGAAAUGUUGAUUCUUUCCUUUUUCAAUGAUUGUAAAUAAGAGAAAUGUUGUAUACUGAUGAUUUUAAAGGAACUGCAAACCUGUAUGUCGGUGAAAGUUUUAGUGGUUGGGAGGAUGUAUCAUUUGCUGUCAUGGAGGCGUCAUCCCCCCACCUUUUAUCUUACAGUGUAGGCCCACCAAAACACACACACACACACACACGCAUUUAAAUGAGGAAUUGCAGGAUAGAAACCAACAUUCCGUACAAUAUUUCUGUACUGGGUUUCAAUGGUUUGUUUCACUUUGUUCAACUGUGACGUUCUGUAGUCAUCACUGUAUCUAUUUAACACUACAAGAUAUUUGCAUGCACACACACACACACACACACACACACACACACACACACACACACACACACACACAGCCAUGUAUGCUCGCAGGCUAUCAUUCACACCUCCCUCCUACAGUAGCUGUUAUCACCGGCAUGACUGUGUCUAGUUGAGUAAUACAAACAAAUAUAUCCACAUAGAAAAGAAACAGAUGUUCCUGUCUUUGGUAUAAUAAAUUUAAAAUUUGUGAAUUUUAA